UGAUGCGGGGGGCGUCCGGCAGGUCCGAGCGUCUGACCGUGGGCGGUGAGCGAGGCGAGGAGGUGGGGGGCAGCGUCCAAGCCCAGGGUCCUGGCUUUGGAGAGGGGAUGCAAAUCUUUGGCGAAGAAAUGGGCCCUCUGGAGAUUUAGGGAACCUGUCAAGAGUGUCCCCCCAGCCAUGGACAGCCCUAGUCUUCAGGAGCUUCAACAGCCUCUGCUUGCAGGCACAGCCUGUGACCCCUCGGCCCAGAAGCCGGGCAGACCUGAGCGGGAGCCCCCCUUAAGAGAAGCAGCCUUUGCAGAGUCUCUGAGGGGCUGGGAGUUCCCACCCCCACCUCUUCCGUCUGUGAGUGCCGGCCUGGGAGAGCCAGGGCCUCUGGACCUCGAGGGCACAUCGUCUAGUGACAGUGACUCUGACUGGGAUGGGGGUGACCAUCUCUCCCCACUUCUACCCCAUGACCACCUCGGCCUGGCAGUCUUCUCCAUGCUGUGUUGCUUCUGGCCCGUGGGCAUCGCUGCCUUCUGCCUGGCCCAGAAGACCAACAAGGCUUGGGCCAAGGGGGAUAUCCAGGGGGCAGGAGCCACCUCCCGCCGCGCCUUCCUGCUGGGGGUCCUUGCCGUUGGCUUGGGCCUGUGCACAUACGCAGCUGCCCUGGUGACCCUGGCCGCCUACCUUGCCUCCCGAGACCCGCCCUAAUUGCCUCUCCGGCCCCUGCUGUGAACCCAGAGGCCAGAAGCCCGGAGCACCCAUGGGCAGAGAGUGGAGAAUCCUGGUGCAUGAUGUGGCGGCUUCGGCAUCGCCCAGAAACAAGCCGGACACCCCUCCCCUCCCCAGCCACCGCUCCCCAGGCCGCCGCAACGUGAGAAAAUAAACAAGCUACCCUUGCAGCCA